GAGAGAGAGACAGACAGAAAGUGAGAGCUAGGCAGCGCUCUGGAAGCCUAGCCGGUCAUUGCUAUGAUAUUCUGACUGCCCCAGCGGCUGAGAGAGGGGGCGCGUGACACAAAGAAAGAGAGAGAAAGAGAGAGAGAGAGAGAGAGAGAGAGAGAGAGAGAGAGAGAGAGAAGGAUAGAAGACUAGAAGCCUCUUUCCAUUCUAUGAAAAACAAGUUCCCAAAUAGAGCAUCAACAGCAAAGUGCGGAGUGGAGGGAGUGUCUCGUCUCUUCAGGGGGAGGUGCUCACUAACAUGAAGAAGAAAACAGUCCAGAGGAGCUACUACUAGUGGAAGAUCUUUAAGAGGAGCUACUACUAGUGGAAGAUCUUUAAGAGGGGAGAAGAAGACCAAUAGUGUCUAUUCAGACACAAUUCAAACCAAUAGUGUCUAUUGACUCUACUCAGACUAAAGGAGAAAGCCAAAAACUUUGUUGUUGAGGAUGUCUUGGUUGUCGCCCAUGUCCUGGGCCAAGUGGACGUGGACAGCAGUCCGGGGAGCAGAGGAGGGAGAGGAGGUGGAGGGCCAGGAGGUGAAGGAGGAAGAUGGACUGCUGCCUUGUGGAGGGCAGCGAGAGGAGGAGGAAGAAGAGAGAUCUCAAGGCUGCAGUUCAGACUCAGAGGGCCACUUUGAAACCCCAGAGGCUCAGAGCCCUGUCCAUGCUCCACUCCAAGUCCCAGAAGAGCUGGAGACCUUCACCACUGACAGAGCAGAUGCCCUGGAGGAGGAGGAUGAACAGCUGAUAGUGUCUGGCCCAGCCAGAGAUCCAGCUCCUAGCCUCCUAUUUAACCAGAACAUGGGUCAGGCCAAGCCCCCCUUGGUUCCUGAGGAGGAGGCACCUGUGGAUUCUAAGGAGGGGCCACAAACACUGCCCAACACCACAGACACUGCAGAGGUUCAACCCGCAAUAGCAGGCCCAUCAGCCCAGACCAAUGGAGCAGCAAAGGCCACUGCUUCUCUAGACUUAGGUCUACCUGAGGAGGAUAGACCACUGGCUACUUCACUAGACUUAGGCCUACAUGAGGAGGAUAGACCACUGGCUACUUCUCUAGAUUUAGGCCAAACUGAUGAGGAUAGACCACUGGAUACUUCUCUAGACUUAGGCCUACCUGAGGAGGAGAGGCCACUUGCUACUUCUCUAGACUUAGGCCUACCUGAGGAGGAUAGACCACUGGCUACUUCUCUGGACUUAGACCUAACUACGGAGGCUAGCAUACCUAAGACACAUUGUAAUGGACACCCCAUAGAGACCAUCCCUGAACCUCAGGCCAAACCCACUAAAACCACACCCCCUUCCCUGAAGAUAAAGGGAGCUUUUUCCAGGGCUAGUGCACAGAGGGAUGGGGACAGUGAUAUCACCCUAGUCCCUAAGGCUAGUUGCAACUUCAACCCGGACCAAUUCGACGGCAGCUUCAAUCAGUUCGCCAGCGGCGGCUCCAAGAUUCAGAACUCCCCGCCAGCCGAUGCCCUGCCCACAAUGGACUCCCUGCCCACACUGGGGUCGUUACCUGUAUGCAGCUCUUCUCCACCGCUUUGUGGGACUAGUUCCUCACCUAAAAUGGAUGUUGAGGAGGUCAAAGAUUCAGCGUCGGAGGCAUCAGAGGAGCCCAAGCCUGUGGAGAUAGAGUUUGGGUUAGACGAGGCAGGCAAGGUAAAAAAAACACUGCCCAGGAGGAUGGGUAAAACGCCUGGCAGCAAGCUCGCCGUCAAGAAACCAAGGGCAAAAGCAACGACAACAGAACCUGCCCCGACGCCGGCACCCGAACCAGUAAUAGCUCACCCGGUAGUAGAGCCGGUUUCAGAAGCGACUUCCGAACCACUUUCCAUGCCAGGUCCCUCCUUAAGUUUGGACGACGUUCCUAUUCCCAAGUCCACUUAUAAAUUUGACCCCAACGAGUGUGAUGACCCUAAUUUAAUCCCCUUUUGGGGUGGUGGUGUCAAAAUAAGUAGUUACCCGGUUUUGCCCAAAGGAUCCUACAGCUUUGAUCCUCACAACUUUGACAACUAUGUGGACCCCUUUAAGCGAUCUACAGCCCUUGGCUGCGAGAACUCAACCUCCCGGGAUACCCCACUUCCUCCGCCAGCAGAGGAAGCAGUGAAACCAAAGCUGGAGCGGCCCCUGGAUGAGGGGAAGAGAAUGUGUCAGACUCCAAAGAAAAGCAAGGACAGGAUCAUCACGAAUUUGUGUAAGGUCAAGAACUAUGAAAACCAGUCCCUGGUCCUGAAUGUCUGCAAUCAGGAAGAGGAUGUGGUUGUGUCACAGGUCCAAGAAAUGCCCCGCCGCGUUCGCCAUGCCACCGAUGAGGAAAAGCUGGCUUGUAGUGAAAUCAUGGGCCAGAAAAGCAAGGAGGAGGCCGGGGUGGAGGUGGAGGAGGAAGAAGACUCAGUGUGUGCCAAAGGCCCAGCUAAAGGCCCAACCAAAGGCCUGGCCAUCACAGACAAUGUCAAAAGCCAGGCAAUGCUGGAUGGGCCACAGGCGAGGAUAACACACAAUAUGAAGGAAAAUGACAUUUGCAUUUCAAGUGAAGAGCUGUCAAUCACCCCAAGGCCAAAGUUGAUUGGCUGCAAGGGACACGAAGACAAAGGUAGUCCCUCCUCCAUGGAUACCAUAUCGCUAAAUGAGAUGGACAAAGCAGCGGUGCUCACCUUGAUCAGAGAGGAGAUAAUCACUAAAGAGAUAGAGGCCAACGAGUGGAAGAGAAAGUAUGAAGACAGUCAUAUGGAGGUGUUAGAGAUGAGGAAAAUAGUGGUGGAGUACGAGAAAACAGUUGCACAGAUGAUUGAGGAUGAGCAGCACAAGAGGAGUGUCCUGGGCUCCCAGAAGAGUGUCCAGCAGGUGACUCUGGAGCGGGACCAGGCCCUGGCCGACCUCAACUCUGUGGAGCGCUCACUCUCGGACCUCUUUAGACGUUACGAGAACAUGAAGACCAUCCUGGAAGGCUUUAAGAAGAAUGAAGAGGUGCUGAAGAAGUGUGCCCAAGAGUAUCUGGUCCGCGUCAGACAGGAGGAGCAGAGAUACCACACACUCAAGAUCCACGCUGAGGAAAAACUAGUCAAGGCUAAUGAAGACAUAGCCCAGGUGCGCUCCAAGGCCGACUCAGAGAGUGUGGCUCUUCAUGCCAGCCUGAGGAAAGAGCAGAUGAAGGUGGACUCCUUGGAGAGAGCCCUCCACCAUAAGAAUCAAGAAAUCGAGGAGCUCACAAAGAUCUGUGACGAACUAAUAGCGAAGCUCGGGACAUCAGACUGAUCAGACCUGAAAUCAUAAACGUUGGAGUUGUUGGAUGUACUGUUCCACCAACUUCUCUCCUCUCUGCCUUUCCAUUGCAGCCAAGGCCUAACCAUCCCCACUACAGCUAGCUGGUAAAUUACUGUACACACUUCUAUACAAUCUGAACCCGUCUCUGCUUUUAUUACUCAAACACAUAGCGAGUGACUGCAGUAGUCACCCCUAUUGUUUCAGAUUGGAACAAAUUAACAGCGAAACAGCAAUAAGUGUGUGUAUAUAUAUAUAUAUAUAACAAUUUUCACUCAUUGCUGUUAAUCUUUUAUUAUAACCGAUUAAGUAUUGAUGUGGCAAUUUGUCAUGUUCAAUGUGCAACUUUGAUGCGCAUGUAGGGCCAAAUCUUAACUUUUGGAUAAAUUUGGUUAAGGACCUUUCUGUUGAUUUCUACUUAUUGUAAGUGAAACUAUGGGAAGGAACUAGUAGCUAGUAACCUGUUGUGUUGCGUACUGUGUGUACGGUGUGUUUGUAAAGUGUGUGCCCCAUCAUGGAUUAUCAGUGUUGUCAGAAGAGACAGAGACGUGUGUUCCAGAUAGGGUGUGAGGGAAAUUCUUUUGAUACAAAAAGAGAUCCACCAACGGUAUUUACUUAGGUUCAACAGGUUUACACUUUACACAAUCAUCCUGCUGCUAUUCUAGUUUGUUGUUGUUGUUGAUUAUAUUACAUUUCUGUCUCAUCUCGUUUGUUCUUCUGUUGUUUUGUAUGUUUGUUUGUUCCCAUUCUUUAGGUAGGGCAAUGCUUUUAGGGGUAUGCUAGUAUAAAUCACAUAUUUGUUUUUGAUCAUGGGACAAUAUAUAGACAAUAUUUAGGCCUCAAUCAAUUUUUCUUGUGUUUUACCGCUUAGCCCAUGUAGCCUAUAACUAAAGAGUACUAUUCUCUGACCUCAUCAUAGCACAUAGUAUUACACGAACAGCUUAACAAAUCUAUCAGUGGAGUAAUGACAUACUCUGUUAUCAUUUUAGUUUCACUCUCUUUAAGAAUGGGUUGAAACUGCCAUGUUGUUUUUUCUUCUUUAUUUUAGCUAGACACAGCGUAGGGAGAUGUGGUUACAUUGAUUGGCUCUCUGCAGCGCAGCCACAGUUAAGUUUUUCUCUUGGCCUUGGGAAAACAAGACAAAUGUUUUCCAUCAUCACCAUAAUACUUGGGUUGCCAAAUGUUCCCCCUCAAAACCUAUCACUGUGAUAGUGUUCCAGGCUCAAUACCAGUCAUUAUUAGAGAUUAUGAUGGAUCUGUAAACUGUUUCAAUGCAGGUGUGGAUGCUUGUUUAGAUAUAUGUUCUCAGAGCUAUCAAAAAGCUAACUGGUUACCCAGCAUAACAACUGUUUGCCUAAUGUUAUAACAAUAUAUAGGGCCAGUUCCAAACUACCCUUUAGGACUACAAGGACCUAUAUAGUAUGUGGACAUGGAAGUUGGAGAAGCCCAGAUGAGGUCCUACCUGGGUCAUCGUUUGGGAGUCUUUGCCUUAUCGUACCUAUUUCAUGGAUCAACAUCAUCAUCAUCAUCAUCAGUACAGUACAAUCCACUGCCAAAUGUUAUUAUUUUGCCAAAUCAAAGGCUGUUUAAAGCUGCUUUUAAAUGUCUAUAGCUGCCUUAAUGUGUACAUUUUAUAUUGUAUGAAAAUAAUAGAAUUUUAUUUUAAUGGCAGUAUUUGUAGAGGACAGAGUAACAGAAAAGUGAUUUAUUAUAGUUUCUGAUAUACUGUAUAUUGUGUGUAGAAGUUGUGUGCAUUCCCUGAAUAAAGGUUAUCAUGAUUAA